AUGAAGAUGCCCAAGGGCACAUUCCCCCCGCGAAGGGAAAAGCGCUGCAACGAUGUGGAUGCAAAAAGUUGUAGAACAAGGAAACGAGCGAGUUACAUUCAUAGGUGUUUGAACGUGCGAAAGUUGCAAAAAUGUGGCGAGCUGAGAAAAAUGGAAAAUUACUGCAUGUAUGUAAAUUUGAAGGAAAUGUUAAAGGGAAUUUAUUGCAAAGGGAAUGAGAGCAAUACAAAUGGCAGUUGUCUCAAGGUGACAACAACACCUGAUGGAGAAGUGAACAAUGGAGGGGAAGGAAAUCCUCAUCACCUCUGCUGCAACUGUGCUAGCCACACCUUCGACAAGUGCUACAUCACCGGUCUACACAUUUUUGAAGGUAUUUUUUUAACCGCCUGUUCAGGUGGAAUUGUGAGCAUAUUUGACAAAAAUUUAAACAACAUAUUGAGCAGACGAGUGGCUGCAUCCCCCAUAAAUAACAUUUCAGUGAGCAAAAAAGAAAAUGCUAUGUGCUUUUCUGACAGCUCUAACCAUCUAUAUGUUGUACACCUAAACAGGAGAAACAUAUGCAAAGGGAGUCACUUUAACAUAAGAAAGAGAGGUAGCCAUUUUGACGACAGCGCUGUGUGUGGAACAACACCAUACCAAGAUGACGAUAAAAUUAGGAAUAGUUUUGACGAAGAGGACGAGCACACAUUUUUUAACGAUAAACAGUACGCCCAUUUAACAAAAAAAGAGAAAAUCAUAACUCAGGCAUUUUUGCACAAUAACAUAUCCAGUUACAUUGUGAAAAAUUUAAACUGUUGUGUAAUUAAUCCCUACUUUGAUCACCACCAAAGUAAUAGCAUUUGUGUUCUGACAUCAAACAAAAUCGUGUCUGUUCUGAACAUUUUUGAGUUCCAUAUAAACAAUGGCAUUAUAUUUAGAGGACAGAACAUUUUGAGUUUAUACUGGCAUAGUUUGUAUGUCUUUAUCUGUACGGGUUCGUCCAUUUUCGUGGUAAACUUUUUCGACAAAACGAAAAUUGCGCAUGUAGUUUUGGCUAACCUCGACAUGAUCGAAAAGGUCGAGGUCGGUCAAGCAGGCUACUUAUACGGCGAACAAAACGUUAAAAUGGACUCGUCAGUGAACCAUAACGUCGCGGAGACGAAUACAUGUAAUGAGAAAAGGGAUGACGCGGAAAAUAACCACCAAAUGAUUUGCCGGAUGGAGCCGAUUCACAUAUGCGAAUUACAGAAAGGGGAGUACAUAAUAGCUAGGGGGAAAAAUGUGAAAAUUAUAAAAAUUGAAAAAAAAAAUGGAAUUGAAAAAAUAAGCAUUUCAAAUGAAUUUGAUGUGCAUAAUUCGAUUAUUAGCAUAAGUCCAUAUUAUAACCACCACCAGAAUGGGUUCACUGAUAAUGAAGUCUUCCUUUCGGUGAUUACAUCCCUGGGUGGUGCACUAUGCCAGGGGGGGAAUGAACGUACUUGUACAUAUAUGGAGCAUGUGAUAUUGACUAGGGACAACUACGUAAUGUGUAGAAAUUAUCUUUACAUUGGAGGUACGGAAAAGGACACAAUUAGGAAAAGGUACCUUACAAACACACCGUGCACACCCUACCGUGGUGCUGAUACAAACUGCGGAGGAAGCACCCCGGGGGAUGGAACCAGCCAAAUAAGGAACCUAUUCCAGUACAUGAAAAUUACGCCCAAUUGGGAGCAGGGAAAAGGAAGUGGCUGCAUAGAACGUUGCCUGUACAUAUAUGGGAGGAAGACUCUUUUGCAGUUUCGAUCCAAAACAGUUGCCGAGUUCUUGUGUGAGAUUUUUAAAAAAAAUGCAAAAAAUGGAAGAAACAUUUUAAUCCUAUUGGAUGAACUAAGGAGGUUGCCAAUCUGCAAGAAAGAGUUAACUCUGAUUGGAUUAUCCCUCAUAAAGGCUUUCAUAAAACAGAGGAAUUACUUCAUCGCGGCAAAUGUGUUUACCCUGUUGUGUAACAAUUUUUGCGACAAGUAUCGAGUCAUCUACAACAUCAUGGAAAUGUUUUUCCGUCAGAAACACAUGCACAUUCUUUCGUUGUUUUAUCGAAAAUUGAAAGAAGAGAAAAAACAUCAGAGAGUGGGCGAACAUUCUCCUGUACACGCCUUGAGUCAUAAGAAAAGGCCAUUUGUAAGACCUAGGAAGAUGGAGAAGGAGAAAAAAAUUAAAAGCGCCUUGUACAUCCUUCACCUCUAUUAUUUCAAAAGUGGGAGAAAAAAAAAAAAAACGAAAAGGGAUAAAGAACGCCUUAAUUACGAAUGGAAGAAGAAGAAAAAGAAGGAAAGAGAAAAAAAUAGCUUCCUCUUUUUCGCAACGAAAAAAUUGUUUAACCGGUUUUUGGUUUUUCUGUUACUUUCGGAUGUUUAUGAAUUUAGGAAGGUUUACGAAAUUUCAUCCAACGCUGAUUUGGAUGCGGGCGUGUUAGUGAAGUACAUAGUGCAUUUCCUCGAGGGCGAUUUAUCAUCUCUUUUGAAGAAACAAUUUGUUCGCAGUGGCCUCGGCGGCAGUGACAUUAUCGGCAUCUGUGAUGGUACCCCCAAUGGGGGUAGAAGAAGCACUAUAAAGGGCACUGCGAAGAAAUGGGCGGGUGACCCCCACAGUAGCGACAAGGAAAGUCACUGCGCAAGCGACUGCGCAAGUCACUACACCAAUCGCAGCAGACGCAGCACCCAUGGCGACUCCCUAAAAGAAGAAAAAAAAAAAAACGGCGAAAAAGGAAUCCUUCUCGAUAUACUACUUGAUAUUUUUUUUAAAUUUAACAUCCCCCUUGGUGUUGCCCCUUUUGCAUUACUAUGCAAGGAUAGGGAGGAAGAAGAAGAAGAAGAAGAAAAAAAAAAAAAAAAAAAAAAUGAACCGUAUUGGAACAGUAACAACGGUGAAGUCACCAGUUAUGACAAAACGGCAACAGCAGGGGAGGAGGAAGAACUAGUGAAGAAGAACCUACCUGUUGCAUGCGUGCAGGAAAGUACCAAAGGGUGUAAAAAUAAGGGGAAAAAAUCUUGCAAUAACAGGUACAAGGAGAAAAGCGAAUGCGCAAAGGGCGAAGAUAAACUGGCUGACGAGGAGGAGGGUCUCCAUCGUAAGGAACACCAUAGCAAGGGCGGCUUUAUUCGCAGUUACCAGAAUUUGUCGGCUCCGUUGCCUUACGAGCGUGAUGAGAAUCAUGAGGAUGGUCAACCUAACGAUGAAAAAAAAAACACAUACCUGAGAAUGGAGUUUAGGAUAGAUAACGCAGACUGGGACGGCGGCAUCAUCCGUGGCAGGAACAGGAACGAAACCGGUGAGGAGACUACCCAAGUAGGAAUGCAACCGAGGGAGGAGGAAGAACAAACGAAACGAGGAAGCAGAGGGAGGAGGCAGGGUCCCAAUAGGUCAUCAAAGCAUAACUCAAAUGGUACAAAUACAACCAACACAGUAAGGUUGGGUAAGCUAAGGAAUGAUUAUUUUUCCAGUGUAGCAUACCACCGUAGUACGCCCCUCACAUACGAAGACCUCGCAAAGGAUAGCUCUCCAGAAAACUUAAGUUACUUCGAAAAGGAAUAUGAUAACGUAAAAAAAAUGGAAAUAAUAAAAAUGCUCAUUCGAAGGAAAAACAAAAACGUCUUUGCAUAUUUGAAGCAAUGUACCUGGCAGGUACUCAAAAAAAUAACACAAAGAUUUGUCUUAAAAUUAUUUCGUUUGAGCAGAGUAAAAACAGGAAAGCUCUUGGUUAUCGUUAAAGUGAAGGAGAAAAACAAGUACAGAUAUUUCUUCAAUCCAAAGGAUGUAAUAAAAAGGUUAAAGGAGAGACCCUUUUUUGUUUACACCUAUUUGAAGCAUGUAAAAAAUGUGAAGUAUUUGAGCAGGUACAUUCACUUGUUUCUUUUUUUGAUAUUUAUUUUUGAACCGCUUCUGUUGGUGAAUUUUUUGGAUAAGCAUUACAAGUGCGUUAGCUUCAAGCUCGUCCUCUUCUUUAUAUGUUUCUUUGAUCGGUUGCAAGUUGGAGGGUUGAUGAGCAAUGAAGAAGACACACCCACGGAGGAUCCAUCCCCUCGCAUGAAGCCACCCAAUUCAAAAAGCAACCUCUUCCAGAACGAACGAGUUAUGCUUCUGUACAGAUAUCUACUGGAUGAGCAAGUGGAGAAGGAAAAGAUGGAAGAAUUGUUCAACUACAUAAAAGAACCCUCAAAGAAGCGACUUAGGGGAGUAAACUUUUUUUUAAGUGUCAAGGCAUUUAUGUAUGUAAAAUUUGGCUACAUAAAUAAGGCUCUAACCAUUUAUAAGCAGUUAAGAAACUAUGGCGAGGUGAUUUAUCUUGUGAAAGUUCACAACCUGUUAAUUGAUGAUUCUGUCAUGAAAAAGGCGGAAGAUAAUUUAGCAUCCCUCAAUGGUGCCCCUUUUUUAAGUGGCCUAGAUAAGGGAUACCUACAUGGAAGGUUCGUUGCCAUCGAUUCGGGGGUAGGUGGUAGUUCUCCCCAAAUGGGUAUCAAUAAUAAUGAUGCGCUCGCUUCGGCGAGAAGAACGGAAAGAAGGUUUCGCCUGAGAAGGGGAAAGGAGAAAAGGAACAAGGAGGAGGAUGCACAUAGUGUGUUUGUAUCGAACGGUGGUGAUGAUCCUGAUGAGUUAGGGGAGGGUCACCCCGGUGCGAAGUCACCGCAGCAGAUGGAUCCGAACCGCGGAGCGAAUUGCCACUACGGGAUCAACUCGAUCGACCAGAUCGACCAAAUCGACCAGAUUGACCAGAUAGACCAGAUCAACCAGAUAGACCAGAUCAACCAGAUAGACCAGAUCAACCAGAUAGACCAGAUCAACCAGAUCGACAAAAUCGACCAGAUCAACCAGAUUGACCAGCUUGACCAACUCAACGCAAUCGACACGUAUGUGCGCGGAAGUGUUCACUUGGCAAACCUGGACAAAAAAAUUAUGCUCAGUUUGUAUACCGAGGUGGAGGGGAAAGGAAGGCAAAAGGGGCGUACACCCCGGAAGGGCAAAAGGAAAAGUAGCCGAAGAGAGGUUCAUGGUGGUUUCAAUGGAAGCUCUCCUCCAGGGAUAACCCAGAAAGAAAAUAUCCUAAGGAAAUAUCUGAUUGAUAAUACAUCCCCAGAAAUGCAUUACCUAACCCUCAUGUGUAUACUGCGGCAAAUCUUCUACAUAAGUGAAAUCAGUGAUAACUACAACCGAAUUUUGGUGCGAUGGAAAGAGAGCACGUACAAGUGUUUGAACGAAAUAAAAAAAAAAGGUUACGUGAUAUACAAUGGAAUUAUAAAGAAGGAGAUGAAAAAAAAUAACUUGUAUUUUCUGGACAUAAAGGACUACUACUUCAUUAAUGAUAAGGUAGAUGAGAUGCGAUCCAAUGAGUUGGAUAGGAUGAUUCCAUACAUGGAUGAGCAUCAUGGAACGGAAGAGGAAGAACAAAAACUACCAUUAAACAUUCAAAGCGAGGUUCCAUCGAAUUAUUAUUCUUAUGAGCAGAUCCAUGAUAAACCCUAUGUCUCUAUCUUCUCCUCCUUUUGUAGCUUGUGCCAACAUAAUAUUUACCGUGAUUUGUGUGCUUCCGAUGUGGGACUUAGAUGCAGAGGUGACAAGGUUGUCUUUUUUUUUUGUAAUCACCUGUAUCAUUUGAAAUGUCUUAGGGGUGAUCGACCUUUCAUUUGUCUGGCAUGUCAUUAA